AUGAGCGACCAAGUGUCGGAUGAUUUACUCUGGUCUUUGGACAAUUUAAUCAAGAAAAAUGCAGGUGCAGAUAUUGAAAGCGAUGCUGAUCUAGUGCGCGCAAGUUUUUAUACGCAGGAUAAUAUGCUGGGCUGUUCGAAGAUUGGUAGUGAUCUGGUCUAUGGACGUCGUGAAUCUGUCAGGUUAUCAUCAUCGUUUAAUACUGCAGAUACAAUGGGAGGUUAUGGACGACCUACGGGAUUAAUGGGGUAUGGCAUUGAAGAGGACGAACUGGACGAUAAUGAGGCCAUUGGUCCGAUUGAAGAACGCAUUCCAGCAAAUUUGAGUACUAUACAGUCAAGCAGUAAUUACGCCAGACAGUCGUCGAUCUAUCGCAGCUUUAGUGAAUAUACUGAUAGAUCUUUGUCGUUUGCGUCGGAAGAAGAAUUGAGUGUUGAGAGCAUUUCAACACCGUCUCCACAUCGAAAACGCUCAACGCGACGAUUGAGUGAUGGAGAUCAAGGAACCUAUGAACAACGUAUUGAGGCAUCACUAACUGGAUUUGUCACGCAAUCACUGAAUGUUGAGUCUCGUAUGGUUGCUGAGGAGCAAAUGGACCGACCAUUUACGAUGAGUGAUCUUGCUCACUUUGACCCACAUUUUGGACGUGAGGUCUAUCUUGAACGACUUGGGCACAGUGUGCAGGAUCAAGAAGGUGGAGACAAAUCUUUGGCUUCAUAUCGUAAAUCCACUAUGCAGAGGAUGUCCACGCCAGAUGGUAUAAUUCGCCAGGGAUGGAUCUCAAAGCGUGGUGAAGUAGUUCCUAGCUAUCGGAAACGCUGGUUUACAUUGCGUAGAAUGCCACAAGGACCAAUGUUGACAUACGCAAAGGACAAUAACGAAGGUUCUCCAACUAAAGUUGUCGAUCUUAGCUCGACAUCCCGCUGUAUAGUUGUUACCGGUAAAAAUGCGAAAGAACAUGAGUUUAAAGUCAUGACAUCUGCCGAUUCUUCACGACGUGAAUUUUGCAUGGUAGCGGCCUCAAGGUAUGAGAUGACUCAGUGGGUGUGUGCUAUUCAAGCUGCAAUAAAUUUGGGGAACCGCUCGACAUUUGACGGCGCAACAGACUUCCAACAGCUGUGGCAUGAAGCAGGAAUUCAGGGAUUUUUAGUUCGCUACGGCGUGCGCAAGUGUAGCUCUCGGAAUCGGCUUCAAACUAGAGUCCUUGAGUUGAACUUUGCUGAGCAGACCCUGACGAACUCACGGCGAGGGGAAACUCUUACAACAUUUCAUUUUACGGACAUUCGUAGUGUAUCGGUGAGUAGCGUGCGUUCCUGUGGUGAGGAGCAUGGCAUUAGUAUCGAUUUUCACGGGCGACAUCGAUCUUGGCCGGUGUUUUUGGAUACUGUGGAAGCACGUGAUGACUUUUAUGCAAUCUUACGACGGAUCGUUGACAAUGUGGUAUCAGGCAACGACCUUGAAAAGCGUUCAUCUCGCUUGACACUCAAAACCGGUCGUCUUGAAGCGAAAAAUGCUAGGCCUCAUGCUACCUUGCGUGGUCGCUUGUUUGUGUGUCUUCAUGAAAACUGCAUCGUAUUUUAUCCAGCAGAUGGAGACACCAGUACGCGGCCAUGGUAUGUCAUUGCUCUGAAGGGGCUCCGUGUUUCAAUCAGAGAAGAAAAGCGUUUGCUUUAUGUGGGGCGGUUGGCGCUAGGCUGCACGUCUUCAGCAGAGUGUCGCGCCUGGUAUGAUGCUAUUUUAGCCGCUAUUUGUCUGCCGUCAGAAAUCAUUGAGAUCGAGCUUAAAGAGCGCGCGAAAAUCAGUGUUGUCUUCCGGUCAUGUGUGGCUUGGUUACGAAAACUACUCAAAGCUAAAGUGACACCCGAGUCGAGCGGGCCGCCUCAAGAUCAAAAGACGAUGAACAUGAUGAUCAUGAAACUGUGGGAAUUUGUGUUCCCACGAGAACCUUUUACAUCAAAUAACGAUCCGAAGUGGCUGGAGAUUGGAUUCCAACGAGGAGGCCCGGCGUCUGAUCUUCGUUCUAGUGGUUUACUCGGGCUAUACUGUCUCAAUUUUUUCGCCAGCUGUCCGUCGAGCGAGUUUCAUCGUAUAUUGAAGCGCACGCGGCAUGGCGUGAGCGAAGGCAAUAUGAGGAAUUACCCAUUGGCUAUUGCAUGUAUUAAUGUGGCGUCGAUUUUGACUGAAACACUUGGUUUAGGAGACGCUGGUUCACAUUCGGAAGGCUGCUCUCCGAAUGCGAUGAAAACGUACAGUCAUUUGAUUGCACAGAGUGUCAGCGAGUCUCGGCAUACAAGGUCAAUAGAGACAUACUUGUCGGCUCGACCGUUAAGUACCUAUGAUUCCUGGAAAGAUAUCAUUAAUGAACCGGAUAACCACGUGUUUGAGACAAUCUUUUGCCUGCUGUUUCCAGUCCUGGACUCGCUUUUCGUUGAAAUGGAGGCGGGAUAUAUGGAGUUUGGACAAGUUGUCAUAGCGUUCCGGCACCGUGUGAACAACAUUUUCAAUGCUCAACCCAAAUCACUAGAGGAGCUUCAAAAGCUGGCGAGUGAGCCCUGUACUACUGACACACUAUCAGUGCCAACAAUGCUGAAUAAGCAGCACAAGAUAGGUAAGAUUAGUAGGGGCAAGAAGUUGGUCAAGGCGGGAGGCAUGUAA